AUGGAGAACCACAAAAACUCAUUUCAGUGGAGGGGGUAUGUAGCUGUUUUCCUGAUUUUCUCCUCAAUUCUAAAAUCAGCAUCUGCUGUUAAUCAUUAUUCCAUACCCGAAGAGAUGGAGAUAGGCACCGUUGUUGCGAAUCUAGCCGCUGAUUUAAACCUUGACGUGAAAACACUGAGCAGGAGGAAAAUGCGGCUGGACAAUGUGGCUAACAAAAAAUACCUUGAAAUAAACAAAGAGACGGGGGAUCUCUAUAUAUUAGAACGGAUUGACAGAGAAUAUCUUUGCACUACCAAAUCAGCAUCCGCGUGCGUGCUGAAAUUAGACGCUACAAUUGAAAAUCCUGUUCGAAUGUUUAAUAUCGAAUUGGAAAUAUUAGACAUCAACGAUAACGCACCGCAUUUCCGACGAGAUACUAUGCAUCUGGACAUAUCUGAAUCCACCCCGGUUGGUGAGCGAUUCUCUUUAACCAAUGCUGUGGAUCCUGAUAUAGGCUCGAAUUCAAUCAAAACAUAUUAUCUUAGUGAAAACGAUCAUUUCAACCUAGAAAUACAGACUGGGCGAGAUGGAACUAAAUUCACUGAUCUUGUUUUGAAAAAAUCACUUGACCGGGAAAAACAAAAUAUCCAUAAUUUAAUACUUACUGCUGUGGAUGGUGGGAUUCCUGCACGGUCCGGUACAGCCAGCAUUGUCGUCAGGGUGUUAGAUACAAACGACAACACACCACAGUUUGAUAAGGAAAGCUACACGAUACAGCUAUCCGAAAACUCGCCCAUUGGAAGUCUUGUUGUAAAAUUAAAUGCAACAGACCUGGAUGAAGGCUCAAAUGCAGAAAUCACAUACCUAUUCAGUCUAUACACAUCAGAGAAAACACAACAAACGUUUACUUUAAAUCCUGAUAACGGCGAGAUUAGAGUAAAGGACAUGGUGAAUUACGAGGAUUUCAAAAUUUAUGACAUGGAGAUAAUAGCAAAGGACAAGGGCAUAAACCCUUUGUCGGGGCGAUGCAAAUUAACCAUUCCAAUAACUGACAUGAAUGAUAAUCAUCCGGAAAUUUCAGUCAAGUCAUUUCAAAGUACAGUGAAGGAAAACAUUGACGUCGGUACAGUCAUUGCUGUUGUAAGUGUCAGCGAUAAAGAUUCCGGGGACAACGGUGUUGUAGAUAUUAAAAUUGACAAUAAUUUACCAUUUGCCUUGAAGGGAUCUGCAGACAACUAUUAUGAAUUAGUUGUAGCAAAACCUCUGGAUAGAGAAAAGGUUCCCGAGUAUGACAUCAUAUUUACUGUCACUGACAGGGGAAGUUCUCAGCUAUCUGAUAAUGAGACAAUAACGCUAGAACUUCUUGAUGUUAAUGAUAACAUUCCUCGGUUCAAUCAGACGUUCUACACAAUACCUGUUACAGAAAAUAACUCACCAGGUGCACUGCUAACCUCGAUUACAGCUUUAGAUCCAGAUUUACACGAAAACCAGUACCUCGUUUAUUUCAUCAUCGAAAAGGAGAUAGCCAACACCUCCAUGUCCAUGCUAUUCUCUAUUAACCCAGAGAAUGGCAACCUUUACGCACUGAAAACGUUUGAUUAUGAGAUAGAAAAGGAGUUUCUUUUCCACAUUGAGGCCCGUGAUUCAGGCGUUCCUCCUCUCAGCAGUAACGUCACAGUUCAUAUCAUCAUCAUGGACCAAAAUGAUAACACUCCAGUGAUCGUGUCUCCAUGGCGCGCGCAUGGCACCGUGGUUGAGGAAAAGAUCCCCAGGAACACCGAUAAAGGAUCUCUUGUUGCCAAAGUGAUCGCUAUUGACACGGACUCUGUGCACAAUUCUCGCAUAACGUACCAGUUCCUGCAGAACACGGAUGCUACAUUGUUUAGUUUAGAUCAGUACAAUGGAGAGAUCCGGACCAUGAGAAUGUUCAGCUAUAGAGACGCGCGUCACCAGCGCCUAGUGGUGAUCGCCAAGGAUAACGGAGAGCCUGCGCUCUCUGCCACCGUGACCAUCAAGAUCUCCACGAUAGAGACCGCUCUGAAAUCCUACGCUGACAUGACUGAAGUGCCUUUGGAAUAUGACAUCUUUUCGGACUUGAAUCUUUAUCUGGUGAUUGGACUGGGCUCAGUGUCAUUCCUGUUACUCAUCACCAUACUGGUCACCAUAGUAAUAAAGUGCCAGAAACCCAAACACAGCAAAGCAGCUCCUCCCAGUAGGAACAGUGUGGCCAGUGACAGGAACUCAGCUUUCGCAGAUUCAACACUCGUCUCCAAUGACGCAUACUGGUACAGCAUGUUCCUAGCGGAGACGCGUAAAGGGAAGCUGGUUGUCAGACAGCCGGCGCCAAAAGGGUCGAGGUACAUCGUGUCCAGUCUACCCAGGAGUACUGGAUUAACGGAGACCAGUGGCUCGGCCACCUCCACUUUACAGUCGCAGCAGUAUGUAAACCGCUAA